GGCGCUGCGAAGGAAUCAGUAAAAUCUUUAGGGAAUGCUUGCCCCUUGACUUUGAUCGACUCGUAAGGCGGUACCAAAGGCAAAAAUGUUGUCGAGAUUAGCUUUUCGUAACGCUCAAUUAGUCUCCGUAGCCUGUAGAGGGAUUCAAACUACAGUACCAACAUUAUCCGAUGGACCGCGUCCAAAACGUCCUGUAGACCCAUCUCCGGUUAGGCAUGGAUUUAUUCCGGAGGAAUGGUUUACGUUCUUCUACCCUAAAACCGGCGUAUCAGGUCCAUACGUAUUCUUAGCUACUCUGGGAACUUAUUUAUUAUCCAAGGAGGUGUAUAUUUUGGAACACGAAUUUUACAACGGACUUUCCUUGGCUACCAUUUGUAUUUUUGGCGUAAAGACAUUUGGGCCUAAAGUCGCCAAGUAUUUGGAUACAAAAGUCGAGGAACAAGAAGCCGAGCUCAAUGCCGGAAGAGACGAGGAGAUAAAUACCCACGAAGAUGUAAUUAAGACCAUGGAAACGGAGAAGUGGCGCAGCGACGCGCAGAAAAUGAUUUACGAUGUGAAAAAACAGAACGUUUUGAUGCAGUUGGAGGCCGCUUACAGAGAACGAAUGAUAGAAGUUUACAACGAGGUUAAGAAACGCCUCGAUUUCCAUUCCCAGCUGGAUUCUGUGGAACGCAGAAUUGCUCAAAAACACAUGGUCCAGUGGAUUAUCAAUGGGGUACUGAAAGCCAUUACGCCGGAACAAGAAAAAGCUACUCUGCAACAAUGUAUUAAAGAUCUCGAAGCUCUUGCGGUAAAAGCAUAAAAUUUCAUAACUAAGCUAUAGACAAAAUAGAAAGAUUAUUAUCAAAUCUGGAUUAGACAACAAUAUUGAGAGAGAACAUUUCAUCCGUUGCAAUUACUGUGUUGUUUACCAAUACAUUGUACAUUAUAUAAUUACAUUUGAUUAUAAAUAAAUGUCGCUAA